AUGAAGUCAAAGCAAACACAGUCCCAGUAUAAAACCUUUCGAUGGUGCAUCAUCCCACACCGUGCGGGCUCUGAGGGUACAACAAUCAUGAAGGCUUUGCUUGUUGCCCUGCUGGUGGCAGUCCUGUGUGCCGAGCAAGCUUCCUCCUUGUUUUGCUACGUAUGCGAAAAUGAGCACUCCAACUGGAACUGUCUUAAAACCUACAAGUGUGAAGACCACGAGAAAUACUGUACAACCACAUACAGUGCUGCUGAUCUUGGCAAAGACAUGGGAUAUCGCAUAACCAAGAAAUGUUCUGCAGACUGUCCUGAGACCAACACAGACUUUGGCAUCGUGGCCAUUGCCACCAAGUGCUGCAAGACCUCCCUGUGCAAUUUCAGUGGUGCCAACAGUGUGAAAUUGAGCUAUGCUGUGAUGUUCCUGGGAACGGUCGCCAGUUUGAUCUGCGUCAUUAGGGCAGGACUGUGA